UCAAGCUAUCCAUUGCCCCCUUCCUUUCUCGAAGUCUCUGGUCAUGGCAACAUAAACAGUUUCCAAAUCCACAAUCCGUCGUCUCGUCGUUCGCCGGCCUUGGGCGAGCCGAUCCGCCCCGUCGUAGGGCAUCACUGACCGGAGCUCCUACCACUGCGGCAAUCCUAUACCCACCUUCUUCCACGUAGGCCCCUCGAGGUAAUCCCACGGCCGCGACCACGGCCACGCGGCACGCCCGACUUUUCCUCGCUUUCCCUCUCCCCUCAACCAGCUAAGAAGAAGGUGGGGCGGGGUCAGAUGCCGGUGAUUCCCCGGCGUCGAUCCGUCGGAAAGAUCGAAUCUUGGGGCCUUCAGAGCGGGGAAAAAUCGUCGCUUCUUGGGUUCUAGGGUGCUGAUUGUUUCAGAUUGUCUCGUCCAAAAAUUGCGAUCAUUUUCUUGAUUUGUUUUGCUACUGAGACUGGGUAGUUCAAAUUCAAGGGAUUGUGCAUACUCAGUUGGCCUGUCUUUGAAGAUGGCUGAAGCAUGCCCUGAUAAUCAGCGAUGUCUGCCUGCUUGGAUGAUGAAACCCUGCUCGAGUAAUGAAGUGUCAAAGACUGAGCAUCGAAAUAAGCAGGCGGCGGAAUCUGAUAAUCCAUCGGGGGCUUUAGAUCAGAGCAAACCCAUCAGAAGGAAGAGAAAAAUUGUGGAUACAGAGGAUGCCGGUGGACUGAAAGCAUUGCAGCGAUGCCAGGGUAAAGAAAAUGCCGGGAGAAAGAGCAAGGAUGCUGAUCGUGCCUUCACAGAUGAAUUUGACGAAAUCGAGAAAAUAACUUGCAAGAAUGAGAGGAAAGUUUGUGGAAGAGCUGCUACAAAGAAUAGCAGGAAACGGAUGCUGGAGGAUGUGGGAUCAGAUGCAUCGUCAUCAGGAAUAACUGAUGAUGAGAUAGAGCUUAGUGCUGGCAAUUCCAGAGCUUUGCAACGAUGUCAGGGUAGAGAAAAGACCAGAAGGAAGCACGAUGGUGCUGAUUAUUCUGCCAAAGAUGAACUUGAAGAAAUUGGGAAAACAAUUCGUAAGAAUGUGACAAAAGUGACUGGCAGAGCUGCUCCGAAGAAUAGCAGGAAACAAAAGCCGGAUAAUGUUGGAUCAGAAACAUUGUCAUCAGGUACGACUGAUGAUGAGAUAGAGCUUACUGUGGAAGAUCUUGUGAGCAUAGCUGAAGAGAUUAUAAAUGCUGAUAAAGGGAAGCUCCAAAACGUACGGACCACAAAGACAGCCCGAUAUGAAGAGCAUCCUCCACGCCCUCCAGUCUCUACUUCAGCUGAUACGGGAGGAUCAGCAUCAAGCACUUGGUCGACAAAGGGAUUGAUGCAGUGCACGGCAACUACCACAGAUGGAACACCAAGCGAGUACAGCGUCGACAAGAACAAGAGACAUGAAGAGCCAGAGUCUCUACCAAGUGUCAAGAUGACCGGUGAUGUCGCUGAGGAUAUGAUGAACAUAUUGCUGGGACCCCUGUGGAAUAGUGAACCUGCAGCCCAUGAAAAUAAACCCAAGGCUGUGGCACCAAGGACCAUGAAUGUGAAUCUUGAGCCGCGGCGGAAAAACGACUGGCAGAAGACUGUGGAGCAAGUGCAGGGGGUGCCUGUGGCGAAAAAGAAGAGCAGCCUGAAAGAUAUGGUGGCCUUUUUUCUUGACUAGCAGGUAGAAGUGCUGAACUGCGUACGCUACAGCCUUGGAGCAUUUUUAUGCCGAUCAGCUGGUCCCACGCAUGUGCAUGGCCUGUGGCUAUUACCCCGUGGCAUUUUAGUCCACGUGUAAAUUAUGUUAUUUGAUAGGAUAAUAAGUAGCUUUUCUUUUCUCUUUUGAGGGAGACUAAUGUUGGUCAUCUGUACAGUAGUAUGUUCUUGCCUUCAACUUGAAGAUGUUUGCCUUCAACUUGAAGAUGUUUGAUACUGCCUGUGCUGUCAUUGUCGAGGAAGCAGUGACACCUUGAUAUACAAACAAUUAAGGCCAUGUUGUGUAUUUGGAAAA